AUGUCUUCAGACCUCACCCUGCGAAUUCAGUCGAAACUCGACGCUGCCAUAGAUCAAUAUGUUGCACGCAACCCACGAUCCAAGGAUUUACAUGAAGAAGCUAUCAAAUCAAUGCCAGGCGGGAACACAAGAACUGUUCUUCACGCGAGCCCUUUCCCGGUUGUCAUCAAGUCUGGCCGAGGGCAUGAGGUUACGUCCGAAGAUGGGCAUGUAUAUACAGAUCUGACUGGGGAGUUCACGGCAGCUCUCUAUGGACAUUCCAAUCCCAUCAUCAUGUCGGCGAUUAGACAUGUGUUGGACAAUGUCGGCAUGAAUGUAGGUGGCAACACGGCGCAAGAGCAGCUAUUCGCUCGCGAGCUUUGCAGUCGCUUCAAUCUUGAGCAUGUUCGCUUCUGUAACUCGGGUACCGAGGCCAACAUCCAUGCUCUAGCAGCUGCGCGAGCUUUUACGAAGAAGAGAAGAGUGGUGACUUUCAGUGGAGGUUACCACGGUGCAGUCAUUGGUUUUAAGGGAGGGAAGCCAGAAGCUAACAAUGUGGACAUGGAUGACUGGAUAGUAGCCAGGUAUAACGAUCUUGAUAGUGCUCAUGCCGCCAUCAAGAGUGACGGCGUCGCUGCUGUCUUGAUAGAAGGAAUGCAGGGCUCUGGAGGUGGCCUGCCAGGGAUGCCUGAAUUCAUUCAAGGUAUACAAGAGAUUGCUGCCAAGGCCGGCGUCUUGUUCAUCAUGGACGAAGUCAUGACUUCCCGUCUUUCUGGGGGGGGCAUCUCGGAACUUAGAGGUCUCAAGCCAGACCUCAAAACUUUUGGCAAAUACCUCGGUGGAGGUCUCGCUUUUGGUGCUUUCGGCGGCAGAGCGGAUAUCAUGGCGGCGUUCGAUCCUCGGUCUCCAAACGCCCUCUCCCAUUCAGGCACUUUCAACAACAACACUCUAGUGACGCACGCUGGAUAUGCUGGAUUGACUAAGAUCUACACGCCUGAUGUCGCAACCGAGUUUACAAAGUUUGGUGAUGAGCUUAGGGAACGACUCAAUGCAGUAACGGAGGGCACAAGAGUAGUCUUCACCGGUAUUGGUACAAUCAUGGGAGUGCAUUUCACCACGCACGGUGAUCGCAUGAUUGUACGUUCCGGAGAGAUUGAAGAGGUUGAUACUCUGAGAGAUCUCUUUUGGUUUGAUAUGAUGGAAGAAGGUUUUUGGAUUGUCCGUAGAGGGUUCAUUGCUCUGGUGCUUGGAACACCAGCAGCUGAGUUUGGCAGGUUUGUCGACUGUGUUGAGUCGUGGGUAUCCAAGCAUGCAGAACUCGUGAAGCUCUAG